AUGUCUCCAUCAAAGAUCUCAAAAGGGAUGAUCUCCAACCCGGUGUCUCCUGUCCCCAAUUAUCUCGAGAUGCAAAAUCUACCGGCUUUUCUCAUCCCCGCGCUGGAGUACAUUUCACGCAAGUUACAGGAACGAGCUCUGCACCUGACACUCAUCGUGAGUCGUGGCCUCACACAGGACCUGCAGAUCAUCUUCCCUCAGCGCCUCAGCAGCAAGACGCACCAUAUCCUUUCCAAGGCUGUGGCAAAAGCGUGUCUUAAGUUCCCCCUGAGCAGAACAUGGCUCGAGACUCUACUACUUCCUCCUUCACCUACAUCAUCUCCUGCUCCUUCAAACACAUCAACGGAGCAAAAUGACAACUCUACCGAAAGCAAUGGCUGGAGAAGGAAGAAAAGCCGAUCCCGCGAGGCCAGCAAGCCCGAAGCCAAUGUGGAUGACGACCGUAUCCACUCACAUCUCGUUCGACGCUCUCUUAUCCAAAACGAAGUCCUCUAUUCGGCGGAGGGUCUUACAUUUCUCGCCGUCGACUAUCUCUACGCUCUCAAGUGCCACUUGCGAGACGUUGCAUUGACCCAGUCCCCCGACGCUUUGGAGAAAUGCGUCGAGGCACUGCACAAGGUGAUAGCUUCUCAUGACGGCCAUCCCAUCACAAAGAAAUAUCUAAAGCGUACCUAUAAACACAUUCACCUAACCGAUGCCAACGACCACGAAGAUGAUCUCGAGAGCAACACGGCACAAGACGUCGAAGUAGCCGAGGAUAUGCUCAUGCAUGUAGUGCACGACGCAUAUCUUCUCAAGUACGGAGAUAUCGGAAUCAUGCUUGCUGAACCUGAGCCGGAAAAGGCACUGCCAGAGGCAGAUUCUACUCCUGUACAGCCUCAGAUCCAUCAACCCACUGCAUCCGCUCGUCGACCUGGGCCUCGCCCUCUCCCUCGUCCCGUGCCGCCUGCUGAGCAGUCUCAUCCAUCUUCCUCCUCCUCCUCCUCCUCCUCCUCCUCCUCCUCCUCCUCCUCCUCUUCUUCUUCUGCUACUUCUCUUCGAGAUCAUACCACCGCUGUUCCACCUCCACCUCCACCUCCGCCUGCAUUUGCACCUCCACCCGCAUUAACUUCGCUCGUUCCUGUGUCAAAGCCCAAGGCGACAAAGGCCACUGGACCUGACUUUGCUGAAAUCAUUCCUGAAGAGGAAUACUACACCUCUCGAACCACGAUUCUUGCCGCCAACAACAACAAAACAAAUCCUUGCCCUCUCACCCAGUACACUACCCUUCUCCCCCACCUUGACGUGAAUUAUCAAUACUCUUUGCCGCAACGGCAGACCUGCGACCCGAUUACCCCAAACUCGCCGAGCCAGGUCACGCCAAUUACGCGCACCGAGUGGAACAUCUUGAUCGGAUUACAAUGUUGA